CCAAAAUGUUUGGUGAUGUUCAAAAUGAUGAAAAAGAACAGGUAAGUGAGGAACAGGAUGAUUUUGAAAGUAUGAGUAUUGAAGAAUUAAAUGAGAAACUAAAAGAUGCAGUUGAAACAUCCGUGGAUGAGGAGGAAGUAAAUUUGGAAGCUCCAGAUGAACUUAACUCGGAAACUGUAGAGGAAGAACAAAAUCUGGCAGCUGUUGAUAAAUUAAAUCCGGAAGCUGCUGAUGAAAAGCCAAUUACCGAAGCUGUUGAGGAAGAGCUAAAUCCAGAAGCUGUUAAGGAAAAGCUAAAUCCAGAUGCUACUGAGGAAGAGCUAAAUCCGGAAACUUUUACGGAAGAGCUAGAUCCUGAAGCUGCCGAUGAGCAGAGACUGAAAGCUAUAGCGGAACUGAGUCCAAGCACUAUAGAUAAAGAUAAAAAUUCAGAAGCAGUUGAUGAAGAAGAAAUAAAAUUAGAAGCAGUUGAUGAAGAAGAAAUAACUUUACAUGCUGCUGAGGAUGAUAAAAAAAUUAUUCAGGUUCCUGAAGAAAAUGAGACUGAUUUAGACCAAGUAAUUGAUUCCGAAUUUAAAGCAAAUGAAGAAUUGAUAUCUGAAACCGCUGAACAAAAUGAACAACAGUAUGCCGACGCAGAAGUUGAAAGCAUCGAAUGCCAAGGCGACAGUGAGAAAGAAGAUAGAGAAACUGAGGCUGAAAAAAAAGAUCAAAAUGAAAUUUUAGGUUCUUCGGACGAGGUAUUCAAGACCGAAAAUGAUAAUAAAGUGAGUGAAAAACCUCUACAAAAAACAAUUGUUCCUGAGCUAAUAAAUCUGCCUAUAAAACCUGAUCUUGAUGUAGUUGAGAAAAGUGUUGUUCUUGAGGAAAAAUCUAGUCAACAAGUUAUUUGUGACUCUUCUAAAGUCAUAUCUCCAAGAAAAGGGAUUAAAGUAGAAGAAGAUGAAAUUGAAACUGCUAUCAGCACUGUGCAGUUUUAUGACGAAUCUAGCGAUGCUAAUGAAGGAGAAUUUGUUUCAAGCAAAAUUUCAGACUCUGAGCAGAAACCUGUUGCAUUAAAAGACACUGGUGUAGUAAAAUCUGAGGAUGACGAGAACAUUGAUAAUGAACCAACUAAGAAAGAUAAAGAAGAAGUGGAUGUGGGUGUAAUAAAGAAAGAAAUUCCUUUGAAGUUGCAUUCUGAAGUAGAUGGAACUGAAGAGAAAGCCGCAUCAGACGCAACAAAAACUCCAACUGUGAGUCCAAAAAAGCGCAAGAGGAAGCGUAAAGUUACAAGAUCUCGCAGUGCACCCCAGAAGAGUUUGCAUCAAGACGGUGUUUCAUCAGCAGCCAAAAAGACGCAGGAAUCUAAAACUGCGGGAAGUAAAGGAAGUCAGCCAGAAAAAACUGCCAGGUCACUAUCAUCAGGUGCCUCUCGUUCCGCCUCUGCUGUGGAGAAAAAAAUUCCACCUAUUAAAGCGCCUGUUGGAAAUGCUCCUCCUCCAAAAAUAAAAGCAGCGAGGUCUAAAAUUGGUUCUUUAGACAACGUUACUCACAAGCCAAAGGGAGGAGAGAAAAAGGUGGAAUCACAGAAGCUGGAAUGGAAUGCUAAGUCUAAAGUUGGUUCUUUAGAUUAUGCAACUCAUAAGCCAGGAGGAGGAGAUAAGAAAAUACUCACUCAAAAGGUUGAUUUUAAAAAUGUGCAAUCAAAAGUGGGAUCGAAAGACAAUUUGAAGCACAAGCCAGGUGGAGGAGUCGUGAAGGUUGCUACAGAGAAACUUGACUUCAAAGAGAAAGCUAAACCAAAAGUAGGUUCUCUCGAUAACGCCAAGCACAAGGCAGGCGGAGGAAAUGUCAGUAUUAAGUCUGAAAAGCUAAAUUUCAAGGACAAGGCAUCUGCCAAAAUACAUUCUCGGUCCGAGUCAGGCUCAGAAACACAGAGCCCCGUUCAACCAUCUUCCCCUGCACCACCGGAAAGUAUGCCGCCAUUAUGUGAGGAUGACAGUCCUUGUAGCCAGGAAGAUCAAAAGCAAACUAACGUAACGUGCAAUGGAGGCACUGGUGACAAAGGUGCCGCCAUUUCCCAUGAAGCUUCCCCUGCAAUUUCUCCAGAUAAAGUGGAAACUGAAGGAAAAAGAGACGAAUCUAAUUUACAAGGAAAUGAAACUGUAAAUGGAACUGGUACACAACCUGAUUGUUGAUACAAUGUAACAUUAUAUCCGUGCGAUAAGUAAUUGCUGAACUUUAUGCAUUUUUGAUUUCAUUUUUAACCGUACUAUUUGUGUAUGAACUUGUCGUGGCUAUUAACUAUGCAAGCAUUGUGAUGCCAGUAUAACACAGUCUGUAUACAGCAAUCAUAUUUCGAUUUCUCAGCUUUAAAUUUUCAUCGUUGAAGCUCUUUUACUGUUUAGCCACUUCAAACUGAUAUGGAAAACUUUAACGUAACACACAAACAAUUAUUAUAAAUGCAUUUAAAAUCUUUGUUGUAACUUCUCAAACUGUUACUGAAAUAACCCAUACACCCGCUUUUACAAUGUAGUUAGAACUAAUGAAAAUGUAAUUUCUAAUGUAGAAAAAUCAGUUACUGUUCAUUGCAGUUUUUCUAGUAGAAAAGUGUAAUCAGCAAGAAUUGAUUUUUCCUAACAGUCACUUGUAUAUUUUAAGAACAUUUCGAAUCUGAGAGCAAAUUGAUACAAAUAAAGAGAAAAUGCUCUCAUUUGACAAAGAUUUUAUUUAUUUAUUUCAUUUUUUUUUUUUUUUUUGCGAUGAAU